CCCCCGCUGUUGUCUCCGGGCUCCGGCCGGCCAUCCGCCUCCGCCUCCGCCAUGGCGUCUCCUCCCGAGCGUACAGUGGCCGCCCUCGAGAGCUGCUUCCGCGCCCUCCCGGCGGACGCCGUCCCCGCCGUAGUCGACUGCGUCCUCGCCUCCUCCGCCUCGACCUCCCCCGCCCAGCUCUUCCACGCGCUCCUCCGUUCCCCAGCUUCCUCCGAGCAGCAGCAGGGUCUCCAAGCCCAGUCCGACCGUCAUGCCUCCAUCUCCCACGCCGCUGCGCUCCGCCAUUUGCUCGCGCGAUUCGACAACCGUCCUAAGGCUAAGGAUGCUAUGCGCUUGCUGCUGUGGAGGGUCUUCCUGCCACUGCUCAGGGAUACCAUCGAACCCAACCUUCACCAGGUGGUUGCGUUUAUGUGCGAUGCAAUCUCCGACACUGGAUCCUGGGACCUGCUAGGAGCUACCAUAGUACCAUUCUGCAUACGAUCAUCUGUUGUUGCCAUGGGCUUGUCCGCAGGUCAUGACUCCAUGCUUUACCACAGUAUAACAGAAGCAGAUUUUGCUGGGGAUAGUCUGGCCCCAAUGCUAACUCUCUCCAAGGCGAGCAGUGUGUUAGCAUCGUUGCUGCGGGACAUAUUGGAGAGAAGAAGGACCGUCCUCAGCGUGGGCCCACUUAAUUCUCAGGAAGUUGCUGUUGAUCUAGAUGCGUUGGUGCAGAAUUUGACAUGGGACCUCUCCACGUUGGUAUUCAAGAUGUUUGCACAUGGUCAAGAGUAUCGAUCUUGUGCCACCCGCACCCUUCUGCAGCCUCUGCUCAUCUCACUUGCUGAUAUUCCCUGUGUCACUGUAAUGCUUGGUGCAGUCCAGCAUAAGCUAUCCAGGUUUGGUUUCCUAGAACGUAUAUGGGAUUCCUGUAUUUCUCUAUUUUCUUUGGGGCGUGGCGAGCGUUUGGAUGCAUACAAUGUACUAUCUUUAUACUUGUCAACACUCAAAUUGGGUCAUCAAGUCGCCAUCUUGGGAGCUGACAAGCUCCAGGAAUUUGACCUUAGUAAUGUCAGUGAAUUUUGGAACCAGCUGCGCAAGGGACUGGUUGACAAGGAUUCUUUCGUGAGGAAACAGGCCUUCUACGUCUUGACAAUAUCACUUAGCAUCUUUACCUCUUCUUCUCUAAAUGAUGGAAACCACCAUUGCUCCAGCAAGAGAUUAGCUGCUUUGCCUGCUCAAACCAAAUCAAAUACUGCGACAACAAAAAGAGAAAGGUGGGCUAGCAAAGAAGCUAAGUCCCUAGGCGUUAGACAGACGGAUCAAUCAGAUGAACGCUGUUCAAAUGGUCAAGGUCGGUGGAAGGUCUUCUUGUUACUCUAUGAGAUGCUCCAAGAGUAUGGGACACAUUUAGUUGAAGCAGCCUGGAUGCACCAGGUGAUGCUUCUGUUUGAGUCUACACCACAGACUGACUAUUUAAAUCACACCUCCCAUGGAGCCUUUCAUGCUCAGAUGGAAUCUUGGGAGGGAAUUUUGCACUGGAUGACAGUUUUGUGGGAGCGUGGGUUCACUCACGAUAAUCCUCAAGUGAGAUGCCUAGUUAUGCAAUCCUUUUUGGAUAUUUCAUGGGAACACUACAAGGUUUGCGCUCAGAUAAUCCCAAGAGGUUUUGUGCUCGGUUCUCUGAUACGUGGUUUGAAUGAUGUAGUUCACCACAAGGAUUUCGGCGUUGUUGGUAUCUAUGAUUCAAAAACCAUAAAAGGCGCAGAGAGCUUUUUCAGCACUUAUGCCCAGAACCUGACAAGACGUGAUCGUAUUCAUCUUGUUUGGAGCCUGGCAUCUGCUGCUAAGCAUGAUUCAUUUGGCCGAGCAGGGCUAAUGACUCUUGCGUCAUGUGUUGCUUCAUGCACAUGUCAGUCAGAUAUAAAUGAUGUGCCAUGCGCUACCCCUUGGAAAGAACCGUCAAAAUGUGAUGGGGAUGUACCUACAGAAGUUAGGUCUGAAGAUUUAUUAGAUGCCUUGUGGAUUCUUAGUGAGAGGAGUAAACAGCACUUUAAUCCAAAGUAUCGUCUGAAAGUUUGUGAGCAGGUUAUCAAAGUUGCAACAUCGCUGAUAAAUGCUGCUGAAGUUCCUCUUAACCAACUUCUGCAUUUCAUUUCUACAAUACCUCGAGAGUUCACUGAUUAUUUUGGACCAUUGAGAGUGAUAGUUCAGGAAUGGUUUGUUCAGAAGAAAGAAUGUUCUCCUGGUAACACUUUGUUGAGCAAGCUUCUUGAUUUCCCUACCACAUUCGUGAAGCACAGCAAACAGGAUCAAGGUUCAAAUUUGUUUGACGAUGAGGACGUGAAUGCAUGGGAAGCUGAAGCAAGGAGGUGGGCCAGAACUCUUCUUCUUGUAACCUCAGACGAGCAACAUUUGAAGCGAAUUCUAGGGUUUAUAGAGGCACAUGGCUACAAGCUUUCACAGCAAAGCCCUGUUGGAGACUGCGUUCCCAUAAAGUUUUUCAUCAUCCUUUUGAGCUUCAUUGAGGAACUUGAGGCAAGGCAGAAAAAACUUGUUUGCCAGAAUAAAACCAUCUUGAAAGGAGGUUCAGAUAGAGCAAAUGGAUUAGAACUCCAUGAUCUCAACAAAAAGCUUGCAGAAUCAUUGUCUCUAGUUUUGGAAACCAUGGUGGUCUUCAGCAAGCUAUCUUGCUCAGUUUUCUGGUUGAAGAAUAUAGAGAACAUGGAUUUGCCAUAUUCUGUUAAAGGAAAACUUGGAGGCCCAAGUCAGCGUCGUUUGGCUACCUCAAUAACCUCUUCAGUAUUGCAGGGUAUUUGGUCAAUGAGGUGUAUUAGUUCUGUUGCCUCAUGGUGUAACCAUUACAACUCUGGUGAUUCUUUUUUCCCCACAUUUUCCUUUCUCUGGGACUUCUAUUGGAAAGUUAUUGAACACUCCACUAAUGCCACUGAGACCGGAGCUGAACUUCACUUGGCAGCUUAUGAAGCUCUAGCCUAUGUUCUAGAAGCUCUAUCUACUGCUCGCAAUUCUCAAUAUCUGGAUUUGGUGGAAACAGAGCAAACAAAUCAAGCCAGAAAAUUUUCAUUGGAUAUUUCUGUCACCACUUUCCUUAACAACAUCAACCGUCUCCUUACGGAUGGAAUUCUGACACGUAGCAGACGAGCUGUUCUAAUGACUUGGAAGUGGCUUUGUGUAGACUCCCUGCUAUCCAUUUCGUGCUGCUUUAGUGACAAUAAAUCCAAGCUGAAGAGAUUGGAUCCUUUAUUUUCAUAUUCAACCCUCCGAUGCAUCUUUCUUGAUGUUAUCGAAAGCCUUGAGAAUGCUGGUGAAAAUUCUGUCUUAUCCAUCCUGAGAUGUGUGAGAUCUGUUUUGGGACUCUUACACUCGAGCAUGGACAAUAGAAAUUUUACAUCUAUAGGCAUCAGUUAUGAGACGAUGAUGCAAUUAGCAAAGUCCUCCUGGAUCUUGCACCUUAGUUGCAACAAACGACGAGUGGCACCAAUUGCUGCACUGCUAUCUGCAAUAUUGCACCCUGCUAUCUUUUGUAAAUUGGAAAUGCACCAGACAAAUGAAGAAGGGCCAGGCCCUUUAAAAUGGUUUAUUGAGAAUCUUCUUAAUGAAGGUUCAAAAAGUCCUCGAACUAUUCGCCUAGCAGCUUUGCAUUUGAGUGGUCUUUGGUUGAUGUACCCGGAAACUCUUAGAUUUUAUAUGGAUGAACUGAAGCAACUUUCAUUAUAUGGAUCUGUGGCAUUUGAUGAAGAUUUUGAAGCUGAACUCUCUGAAAACCAUGAAGCAAAAUUUGAGGUUUCAAUGCUAGCACAAAGUCCUGAUCGUGAAUUCACAGAGGUGUUCAUUAAUACAGAAUUAUAUGCUCGCGUUUCAGUUGCUGUUCUCUUUCAUCAGCUUUGGAAACAGAUCAAAGAAAAGAAUAUAUCGGGAACUGAAGAAGCUCUUCAAUCUGGCAAACUAUUUCUUCUAAAACUUCUGGACUCAGCGGUGAAUGACAAGGAUCUUUCAAAAGAACUCUACAAGAAAUACAGCAGUGUACAUAGGCGUAAAGUUCGUGUGUGGCAGAUGAUAUGUGUUUUAUCGCACUAUGUAGAAGACGAUAUAGUUGGAGAAGUGAUAUUGAGCACUCACACCUGUCUUUAUAGAAAUAAUCUGCCCGCUGUCCGGCAGUACUUGGAGACAUUUGCUAUCCUCUUAUACUUAAAAUUUCCAACAUUGGCAAAGGAACAACUUAUUCCUAUUUUUCAUGACAAAGGGAUGCGACAACAGGCACUGUCGUCUUAUGUUUUUAUAGUAGCAAAUGUGAUUCUUCAUUCAAGGCAGCUGUCCGUCCAGAGAAACCACCUAAAUCAACUGCUUCCUCCGAUACUGCCGUUCUUAACAUCCCAUCACCACAGUUUACGUUGUUUUACUCAGCUACUUGUCCAUUCAGUGCUAUCAAGGUUGUGGCCUACUCUAUAUCUCGAAACUUCAGAAGAUGUAAUCUUUGAGAGGAGGUGCUUUCAAGAAUUGAAAGAUUAUCUGGCAGAAAAUUCUGACUGUGUGAGGCUCAGAGUUUCAAUUGAAGGUUUCCUUGAUGUUUUUGAUCCCAAUGCUUCUGGGACUCCGUCGGGGAUAUUUAGCACUCGCCCUGAGGUAUCUGAAUUUGAGUGUGUUCCUGUGUCAGUGAUGGAGCGUGUGAUUGAAUUCCUGAACGAUGUGAGAGAGGACUUGAGACAUGCUAUGGCAAAAGAUACAGUAACAAUCAAGAAUGAGGGUCUCGCGGUGGAAGGGCACGGCGACGAGGAUAAAAGUGGUGAGAAAGUGUCUGUGUUGUUACAACCUGGUUGUCAAGAUGCACUGGACUUCCAGAAGAAAAUAACGCCUCGCAGGGACUCUGAGCAAGCAUUGAACUUGAACGCCAGGGACCACUCAAGAUUAAUUUCCGAGAUUGAGGAAGAUGACCAGCUUUUCAACCUAGCACUAGAAGCAAGAUUGCACGCUGCGGAAACGAUCAAGCAAAGCCAGCAAGAACUGAUUGUAGUGGCAUCACUGGUAGACCGCAUACCUAAUCUUGCGGGUCUGACAAGAACAUGCGAGGUCUUCAGAGCAGCUGGCUUGGUUGUUGCCGACAAGAGCAUUCUUCUGGACAAGCAGUUCCAACUGAUCAGUGUGACUGCUGAGAAAUGGCUGCCCAUCACGGAGCUCCCGGUGGACAGCGUGAAGGCGUACCUGGAGAGGAAGCGGGCCCAGGGGUACUCGGUGAUCGGGCUGGAGCAGACGGCCCACAGCAGGCCCCUGGACCGGUUCGAGUUCCCCCGGCGGACGGUGCUGGUGCUGGGCCGGGAGAAGGAAGGCAUCCCCGUGGACAUCAUCCACAUCCUGGACGCGUGCGUGGAGAUACCGCAGCUGGGCGUGGUGAGGUCGCUCAACGUCCACGUCAGCGGCGCCAUCGCCGUGUGGGAGUACACGCGCCAACACAGCCAGCAGCCACGUCCGUCCUCGGGUGUUUUGACUCUACUGAAUGCUGAUGCCACGUCAUGAUCAUCAUCUGGGCCAAACAUUCUGAAUACUGCAUGAACUGCAAUGCAGUUACCUGUUUUGUUUUAGGUACUUGCCUUUGCCUUGUAACUGGUGACACGGGCACUCAUAUAGGUACUAAUUAUUAAUAAUUAUUGCUGACAAGAUUACAUCA